UUUUUUCCUUUAAGUUGGCUGCUCUGUCAGCUCUUUGUUCAUAGUGGCAACGGUUGAACAUUGUCAGCGUUUCUACUCUUACGGUUGGGCGGUCUCAUUCGUCUUUCGACAGUUGCGGAAGACGAUCUGUAUUAUCGAUUUGUUCGAUUUUUUUCAAAUAAACCUCGCUUAUCUUUCUUCGUCAACAAAAUAUAAUGGGUGAUGACUGGGGCAAAACUGUUUCUUACGCUAAUGAAAAAGAUCAAUCUUACUUCGACGAAGGUGGACGCAGUUAUGGAAAAGGAAGAGGAUUUAUAAUACAAAACAACAAUAACGAUGAUUGGCAUGUGGGUAAAAAAAAUUCCAAGAGUGGAAAUAUAAAUGAUGGUGAAUUUAAUGAUGAAAAUUAUUGGCAAUGUAACGAUAAGAACACUGAUUUUGAAGAAACUGGUAAAGGUAGAGGUAGAGGUCAUGGUAAAGGAGUAUCUAAAGGAAGAGGAGGUAAUCGUGGAAGAACAGGAUUUAAUAAUAGAAAUAAAGAUGGUGACGAUAAUAAUGAUUAUAAGGAUAACGAUUAUGGUAAUCAGGAUAAUAGAAAUGAUAGACGAAAAAAAACAUUUGCUGCUCGAGAAGAUAAUGACGACGAAGAAGUAAAGCCUAAGGAACAAUAUAUCCCACCAGAAUUACCUAGCGAUGAAAAAUCAUUAUUUGAAAAUGGUGUCGAGAUAGGCAUUAAUUUUGAUAAAUAUGAUAAUAUACAGGUUAACGUGAGCGGAGAGAAUGUGCCUGAACCGAUAGAAAGUUUUGAGGCAGCUGGUCUUAGAAAUAUUGUUUUGGACAAUAUAAAAAAGUCUGGAUAUAAAAAACCUACUCCUGUACAGAAACAUGCUUUGCCAAUUAUUAUGAAUGGUAGAGAUUUAAUGGCUUGUGCCCAAACUGGUUCAGGAAAAACCGCUGCAUUCGCAGUCCCUAUUAUAAAUACAUUAUUAGAGAGAUCUGUCGAUUUGGUUGUAACUUCGACAUAUUGCGAACCACAAGUUGUCAUCGUGUCGCCCACUCGAGAACUUACCAUACAAAUAUGGCAACAAAUUGUUAAAUUUUCACUCAAUUCAAUUUUGAAAACUGUAGUUGCAUAUGGUGGAACAUCUGUUAUGCAUCAAAGGGGAAAGCUCUCCGCUGGUUGCCACAUACUUGUAGCAACGCCUGGAAGAUUAUUAGAUUUUGUAGAAAAAGGAAGAGUAAGAUUUUCUUCUGUACAGUUUCUCGUAUUGGAUGAAGCUGACCGUAUGUUAGACAUGGGAUUUUUACCUAGUAUCGAAAAGAUGGUGGAUCACGAGACUAUGGUUCCUUUGGGCGAAAGGCAGACAUUAAUGUUUUCUGCCACUUUCCCGGAUGAAGUGCAACAUUUGGCAAGAAGAUUUUUAAACAAUUAUUUGUUCCUUGCAGUUGGUAUCGUAGGUGGAGCUUGUUCAGACGUGGAACAAAACUUUUACGAAGUUGCUAGAAAUAAGAAAAAAGACUUGCUCAAAGAAAUAUUAGAAAGAGAAAAUGAUUCGGGUACAUUAGGUGGCACUCUAGUAUUCGUUGAGAUGAAAAAGAAAGCCGAUUUUAUUGCCGUUUUCUUAUCUGAGAAUAAUUAUCCUACUACCAGUAUUCAUGGCGAUAGAUUGCAGAGGCAAAGGGAAGAAGCAUUAGCUGAUUUUAAAAGUGGAAGGAUGUCCAUUUUAGUAGCUACGGCAGUUGCUGCAAGAGGUUUAGACAUUAAAAAUGUUUCGCACGUUAUAAAUUACGAUUUGCCAAAAGGGAUUGACGAGUACGUUCAUCGAAUUGGAAGAACUGGACGCGUAGGAAAUCGAGGACGAGCGACUUCUUUCUUCGAUCCCGAAGAAGAUGCACCAUUACGAGGUGAUCUCGUCAGAAUAUUGAAGCAAGCAAAUCAAUCCGUACCAGAUUGGUUAAUGGGUGGAAACGCGACUAGGAAUUUCAUGCCUGGAAGAGGUAUAAGCAAAUUUGGAGGUGAAGAUGUUAGAGAGUCUGAAGCAUUCGCGGAAGAAUAUACGGAAGAAGCGUAUUCCGUAUCACAAGAACCGGAAGAGGAAUGGUAGAAAAUUUAUUUUUUCCAAUCUAAGUAUGUUUUAUCAUAUUAUUCUUAGAAACAGGGUAGUAAAGCUUUGUUUCUUUAUUCGCUCUAAGUCAGAGGUACAAAGAAUUUUCUAUUCAUUAUAUUUUUAUAUAUUUAACGUUAAUAAUCCAACAAGAUUAAUACAUAAUACUAGUAACUUUUCUUUUAUCUAAAUAAACAGUAAUUAAUAACUUAUUUAUAUGAAAUAGACUGGAUUGUAAACCUGUUUAGAACUAUAAGUUACAUAUGAGAUAAUAUAAUGUUAGUUUUGUUGAUGCGAAGAGUUUAACUUUAAGAGAUAAUACGCAAUUUGCGAAAACGUUCCAAUUGUAUUUUUGAAUACAAGUUUAUCUCAUUGUAUCGAUCGUACAAAUAUUAGCUUUUAAGACCAAAUCAUGAAAUUAUUAUACGUAAAGACGCAACACUUUAUUUUAUAAAACGGUACUCUCUAAUAUUAUGUUAAGUGUUUUGUACGUUCCUUUUUAUAAUAAAAAGUUGUAACGACGAACUAUUUUGAAUAUUUUUUAAUCAUUUGUCAAAAAAAAAAAAAA